AUGUCGGCACAGGAGGUGCAAAAAUGUUUACAAAAAGCCGGCAAUAAAUAUAUUGAUUCUGCGAAGAAGGAUAUCAUUGGUGCACUUCAAGAAUUCAAGGUAUGCUUUUAUUUUCAUGUGAGAAAGUUUCACUGAGAGGAAAGAUCACUCUAAUUUUGGUUUACUAAAGUCCGCUUCUCUUCUAAAAAAAAAUUAAAAAUUCAAAGCAAAAAACACGUAAAAUCAAGGUUGCUCUAUCGCACACAUAAUUUAUUUAAAAUAUUAUUUUAGGACCUCCAACCCAUCAAUCAGGACCAUCUUUUCACCGAUGGCAAAAGACGCACCGCAUUUUGUCUACGAGGAACAAUACCAGUUUAUUACAAAGGUAGUUGCUAUAAUAUACCUGUCUCAAUAUUUUUAUGGCAAACCCAUCCAUAUUAUGCACCUAUAUGUUUUGUCAAUCCAACAGCAACAAUGGUCAUCAAAGUGAGUUUAAAUUCUGGAUUUUCCGACCGAAAAAAAUCUUACCUUUUAGGAGUCCGAACAUGUAAAUAAAGAGGGUCGUAUAUACUUGCCAUAUUUGAACGAGUGGAGAUUCCCAGGACACGAUCUGAAUGGUUUAUUAAAUAUAAGUUUUUUUGAUUGA